CAGCCGGGGCUGAGCUUGCAGGGCCCCUCCCCUCACCCGCCCCCUUCGAGUCCUCCUCGGGCUUCGCCCCACCCGGCCCGUGGGGGAGUAUCUGUCCUGCCGCCUUCGCCCACGCCCUGCACUCCGGGACCGUCCCUGCGCGCUCUGGGCUCACCAUGGCCCGCGGGGCUGCGCUGGCGCUGCUGCUCUUCGGCCUGCUGGGUGCUCUGGUCGCCGCCCCGGAUGGUGGUUUCGAUUUAUCCGAUGCCCUUCCUGACAAUGAAGACAAGAAACCCACUGCAGUCCCCAAGAAACCCAGUGCUGGGGAUGACUUUGACUUAGGAGAUGCUGUUGUUGAUGGAGGAAAUGACGACCCACCACCACCGAACCCACCCAAACCGAAGCCAAAUCCAAACCCCAACCACCCUAGUUCCUCUGGUAGCUUUUCAGAUGCUGACCUUGCGGAUGGCAUUUCAGGUGGAGAAGGAAAAGGAGGCAGUGAUGGUGGAGGAAACCACAGGAAAGAAGGGGAAGAGGCUGAUGCCCCAGGCGUGAUCCCCGGGAUUGUGGGGGCUGUCGUGGUCGCUGUGGCUGGAGCCAUCUCUAGCUUCAUUGCUUACCAGAAAAAGAAGCUGUGCUUCAAAGAAAAUGAUGGCUGAAGACCUAGGGGUGAGCAGAGAACCCAGCCCAGGCCUGCGGAGCGUCCUGACCGUAAUCGUUUUAUCUGCUAAGAUGCAGCCUUAAAGCAAACCCUUCCAUCUGCCGCUCCCCUCGCCCUGCUGGCAAAUUCCCACCACAAUGGGAUUCUCAAUCACAUGGCAGAUUCUCUGCCUUCAGUUCCAUAUGCUUUUGCCUUUCUUGAUGCACAGAAGCUCAUUAUAGCAAAUCAUAUUUCUGCAUAAGAGCUUCAGAAAAUGAAGAGAAAUGCAGAUAUUUUCUUUUAAACGUAAAUCUAACAGAAACAGGGCAGUGACUUCCAUGUUUUAAUGAGUUUUGUCCCUAAGUCCAUCCCUGCCAAGGGAACAAAGUGGGGCCCGGGGUGGCCACCCUCUUCCCUGCAGUGUCCUAGGUUAAGCUCACUCACAUCCUAAGGAUUUGACCUUCCAGGUCAUGCAUGGAUUUUUAAAUCUUCAACCUUUUCAGCCCUUGACUUGCAUUUCUCACUGCACUUCCUAUGAAGCGGUUCUUAACUCUUUCUUUGAUCAGUGUUCCAAGCAGGUGCACAUCUUGGUUCCUAGAAAAACAAAAUUCAUAUGUUGAGGAGUCACCUAAACAUCUCCUGAUGUUCACACUCUAAGGCGUGUUGGGAAUUGGUGGGUGGUCAGGUCCCUAUUCACACAUUUGAGCACGGAGCCUCUGCGGCCGUCUUCCUUGGAUUCUCUCAUGUCCCUGAAACACACAAAUUGUACCUGGAUUUUCCUUCCAUUUCCAAAGGCCACCAACUUGUUCUUCAAUGUAAUUUAUUUUAACUUUUUUUCUUUCUUUUACUUUUCUUAUUUUUUCUUUCUUUUCAUUUUUUUCUUAUUUCUUUUCCUUCUAUUUAUUUUACUUUUCUUAUUUGUUAUAUGUUAUUUCUUUUCUUACUUUUCUUCUUUUUUCAUUUUUCUUUUUUUUUUUUUUUUUUCUUUUUUGAAUUGGAGUCUCACUCUGUUGCCCAGGCUGGAGUGCAGUGGUGCAAUCUUGGCUCACUGCAGCCUCCACCUCCUGGGUUCAAGCGAUUCUCUUGCCUCAGCCUCCCGAGUAGCUGGGACUACAGGCGCAUACCACCACACCCAGCUAAUUUUUGUAUUUUUAGUAGAGACGGAGUUUCUCCAUGUUGGCCAGGCUGGUCUCGAACUUCUGACCUCAGGUAAUCUGCCUGCCCCAGCCUUCCAAAGUGUGUGAGCCACUGUGCCUGGCCCUUUUUCUUUUUUCUUGUUUUUUUUUCUCUUAUUUCUUUUUUCUUAUUUGUUUUCCUUUUUGCUUUUUCUUUUUAUCUUAUUUCUUUUACUUAUUUUUCUACUUUUAUUUCUUCUCCGUUUUUCUUCAUUCUUUUCCUCUUAUUUCUUUGACUUUUCUAAUUUCUUUUUUUUAUUUUCCUUUUUUUUCAUAUUCCUUUUAAUUUUUUCUUACUUCUUUUACUUUUCUUAUUUGCCCUCCUGUGGAAAUGAGGCACAGCCUCCCUUAUGGUUGAGCCGUACUUCUAGCUGAGCACGGAUGGUUUGAUCCUCCUGUGUUGGGGCAUUGUAUGGUGUGAGGGCACAAAACCUUGACCCACAUGGGUCUGGUCACCUUCUCACAGAGGUCACCUUUACAGCCCCCCACUCUUUGAAGGAUGUGUCCCAAGGUGUCUCAAGUCUGAUGCAAUGAAAGCUGCCCCCCAAUGACCACAGGACUGAGUCCAGAAUGUCCUGCAUGUUUCCCAGAGUGUCUGUCCUAACACCACUUAAAGAUUAGCCACUGCUAGACAGUGAUCCUCAGGUAUAUGGUCUCAGGAUUGGCCCCAAGUGCAUGGUGUGUGUGUGUAUAAACAUAUCUUCACAAAGCAUAGGGACCCAUUAAAGCCAUAUUGCUUUGCUGAAUGGUUCUAAUAGCUACAUAUGAUUUUUAGCCUGAAAGAAGAGCACCACGAAUUGUUUGAAGUUGACUUGUCAGAUGUGGCAUGCUUGGUCUAAGUUUUGACAGGAAGGGUAUGUGGGUGGGGGUGUACGGAGCAUCUCAUUAGACCAGUUCUCCUCCUGAGAGGUCCGUGAUGUUGGAACUGUUGCCCCCAAAUGGACUUUGCCCUUGGGAGACUUUAUACUUUUCAAUGGACUUUUUCCCUCUUUAAAACUCGCCAGCUUUUAUGUAGUGUUUUAUAAAAUUACUGGAAUAAAAAGAACAUCUUUUAUGCUUUUUAA